GGAGCCAGCAUGGAGAACUCGGGUAACCAGUUUCACAACAGCCUCUUCUUCCAAGCAGACCCUCCUCCUGGCAGCCCGCAAAGUGCAGCGUGCCUGGCUGUGAUAGGGAGACUGGCCGAGGCGCCGGGGAUUUUACAGCUUGCUCAGUCCUGCUGGAUUGAGGUUGGCUUGAAAUGUUUAUUUUAAUAAUGCGUGGGGUUUUCUGUUUGUUAGUUGUCUGCACGGAGUUCCGAUGCAAAUAGCCCCCUUUCUCUUUUGUUUAAGAGCUCGGGCAAAGUGAUGCUAAAUGCAGUGUGAGGUCAGUGUUUGUGAAUGAAGAGGAGUCCGCUCCACCUGUCUCAAAGCGAAGAUGGACGUCAGCGUCUCCGUGUCCUUCUUUCAAGAGCAGCUCGGCUCUGCCAUCGAGCACGCAGUGAAGGCGGCUGUAGACACCGUCUUGUGGGAAAUUACUAAAGCUGUCGGCAGCAAAUUCACUGAGUUGCACAUAGAAAUGUGCGGAAUGGAGAAGGAGAAUGAAAGUCUGAAGCUGAGACUGGAAAUAUCAGAGAGCGAGUUGAAAGCGCUGCGAGAAUGCAUGAGCGCUGCAGGGGCAGAUAUUAAACAACCCCUCACAUUGCAAGAUCCCAAAGAGAGCCACGCUAUCCCUGAAUCUGAAGCACAGGAGAGGUCAGCGACAGAAGCGGUUUCCACACAAGAGGAGUCCUUUGAGCAGGAGUGGUGUGCAAGUCUAGUGCAGGUUACAGAGCUGCCGUUUGUUAAAGAUGAAGAGGUCCCUCAACAGGAAUGUGUUCCUAUCAAAGAGGAGUUCAUAGAGCAGGAAUGUGUCUCCAUCGCAGAGGAACUUCCUGCUGAAUAUAAUGCCUGUACACUUGAGGAGAGCAAGCUGGGAUCCAGGCUGUGUGAUGAUUCUCCAUCUGAAUGUGAACUGGGAUUGAGAGCUUCUAUAGUAGAUGAAGGAGAGCACGACUCCACUCCAUCACCGCACUGCAAAAACUCUUCUAAUGGCAAACCACAACGCAAGAAACACAGAGAGACGACGCCCCAAGAAGAAAAUGUGAAGACAUUGAGAACUCACUCAGUUAAAUUUCCUUCUUUACAAGACAAGGAGAGUACAGAGACGCCACAUUCUGCAUGUUUUAACAGUUCUGAAACCCAGGGCAACUUGAAGACCUUGCCUCAUUCUAUUACAGGUGGGAAGAGUUCCUAUCAAUUAGGUUCUCUUAAAACUCACAAGGGAAAUCACACAGGAGGGACUCCCUUUUCUUGUGGUGUUUGUGGGAAGAGUUUCAAACAUUUAUCGCAUCUUAAAAGACACCAUCUAACUCACACAGGAGAGAAACCUUUUCACUGCACUGUGUGUGGGAAGAGAUUCAGUCAGUUAAAUGACCUUAAAAGACACCAGCGUGUUCACACAGGAGAAAAACCUUAUCACUGCACUGUGUGUGGGAAGAGGUUCACGCUGUUUGGAAAUCUUCAAUCACACCAGCGCAUUCACACAGAAGAGAAACCCUAUUGCUGUACUGUGUGUGGGAAGAGUUUCAGUUUUUUUUCAAACUUUAAAAUCCACCAGCACAUGCACUAGGGGUGGGUUAGAGUACUCUAGUUCAUUCUAAUUACUCGAGUACUUGUUUAUUACUCGAGUACUCGAAAAAAUUGAAAGAAUAUCUGUUCAUGAAUGUAAGUGCAAUAUAUUGUAGCGACCCGGUCAGUUCAGGUUGGCAGACUGGUCCUGUGCAUUCACGUUGUGUAUUUUUCCAGGGUGGGACCAUACCACUAGUUUCCUCUGUCUUUGUGUGUGUGUGUGUGUGUGUGAGUGAGAGCUGUUUUCUCUGUGUGUGAGGGGACUGACGAAGCCUGUGUGUGUGUGUGUGGAAUAGAUCAAGCGAGAAAGUGAGCGAAUUUUUAGGAUGGAGUCAGGAGGUAUUGUGUUUUUUUAUUGUUUUUGCGAUGCGGUCCUGACCCAUGGACCCUGUUUAAUUGAUAAAGUAGUUUUGUUAGCACCUGAAUCCUGUCUCCUGCUUUGAGCCUCAAGACCAGGGGUUGUUGCAGUAUUUUAUUCAUGUGUACCAUUAACACUAGCCACGGAAGUCACUUUAACAGGUUAAGGUUUUUCAAAUUUAAAUUACUCUGCGUGUCUGAUCACGAAAAUAAGGAUGUUGUAAACCCCCCCCCCCCCCCC